AAAACUGUGAGGUCAUAGCUUUCAUCCUUCAUGAAAAUGCCUGUUGUUUGGGCUCUGGGUUUGACGUGGAACUCUUCCACUUGAUGCCUCUAUUUAGCGGCAGAAGCCCUGAAUCAGGACCACCUUGCCCCCCUCCGAGAGAGCCAAGCUUAGAGGUUGGAGCUUCAGCCCUGUGUGCCCAGGAGCCCUCACUGAUGGGGUCUGUUACUUUUAUCUCCAGACCCAGGUCGUCUCUGGGAGUCCUGGCUCUGGAUCCACCACACCUGGUCAGUCCAAUUCCACCAUUUAUCAGCUGCCAUCCUUGAGCAAGUUGGAAUUGGCCAACCUCUCUGAGUCUCAUUUUACUCAUCUCUAACACGGGUGUUGACUCACAGUGAACAAACGCACAUAAAGCUCUUUGUACAUUUCUGUACCUAAUAUGCAUUCGUGAAAAUGAGAUGUUCUCAGCCAGACACUGCUGUUUUGAAUUUGGAAGUUUUUCUGUUGUCUAAUGAGAUCUCCUGAGCUAGAAGUUUUAACCUUGGGUCUAUGACUGAACCUUAAGGAGUCUGAACAACCUGAAAUUAUUCGUCAGACUGGGGCAUCUCUGCCUCUGUGCAAAUGUACUGGGAGAGAGCCACAGUUUCUGAGACAUUCUUAGAGGGUCUUUGCACCCACAGAGACCUAAAGGUCAGUGGAGGCUGAUGCUCAGUGGGCGAGAGGUCACCGAGGUCUUUUCUGCUCCUCGAGGAGCCUGGCCUCAGUCAGCCUGCGGACUGUUGGGGUGAAGCAGGAGAUGGCGUGGUCAGCGGCGCUCAGAAGAGCUGUAGGAGAAGCCGUCGUGAUGAAGGUCUCAACGAGGCUGGGUGACACUCCAAAAUGGGAGACAAGCCAAUUUGGGAGCAGAUUGGAUCCAGCUUCAUUCAACAUUACUACCAGUUAUUUGAUAAUGAUAGAACUCAACUAGGCGCAAUUUACAUUGACGCGUCAUGCCUUACGUGGGAAGGACAGCAGUUCCAGGGGAAAGCUGCCAUUGUGGAGAAGUUGUCUAGCCUUCCGUUCCAAAAAAUCCAGCACAGCAUUACGGCGCAGGACCAUCAGCCUACGCCAGAUAGCUGCAUCAUCAGCAUGGUUGUGGGCCAGCUUAAGGCCGAUGAAGACCCUAUCAUGGGGUUCCACCAGAUGUUCCUAUUAAAGAACAUCAACGAUGCUUGGGUUUGCACCAAUGACAUGUUCAGGCUUGCCCUGCACAACUUCGGCUGACCUCUUCCUACCCAGGCACUCAUGCUGUUUCCUCCUCCCUCCUCUUCUCAAUACUAUUCACACUCCUCCAGAUGCUCCAAAUAUCAUACACAAAUGAGCAGGGCCGCGGUGGGAGUGGGUGCAGUGCGCUGCUGCCACCAAGGUGUUGUGCAUGAUGUUUGGACGCUAGACUAGUUGCAUCUGACAGGAGAAGUUUGUGUUGUACCAGCGCAUGCCUUGGAAAGACUUAAGUAAUGCAAAAGGUUGUCCUUUUUUUUUUUUUUUAAUCUACUGACAAGUUGCUCUAGUAACCCAAAGAAGUGAAGGAGAAAGCAGCUGCCUCACCGCCCAGAUAUUGAUUUGUUCAGAUGUUUCAAUGCCUCAUGAUACAAUAAAACCACGAAAAUUUUCUUAACAGUUUAAA